AACCAUGAGGGAUCCACUGACGGAUUGUUCGUAUAAUAAAGUAUACAAGAACCUAAAGGAGUUUUCUCAAAAUGGAGAGAAUUUCUGCAAGCAGAUCACAUCCAUUCUUCAGCAAAGGGCAAACCUGGAAAUUAGCUAUGCCAAAGGACUUCAGAAACUGGCAAACAAGCUGAGCAAAGCAUUGCAGAACACAAGGAAAAACUGCCUCAGCAGUGCCUGGGCCUGGGCCUCGGAGGGCAUGAAAUCCGCAGCGGACCUGCAUCAAAAACUUGGCAAAGCAAUUGAGUUGGAAGCAAUAAAGCCGACGUAUCAAGUCCUGAAUGUACAAGAAAAGAAGAGAAAAUCACUUGAUAAUGAAGUUGAAAAGACAGCAAAUCUUGUCAUAAGCAACUGGAACCAGCAAAUUAAGGCCAAGAAGAAAUUAAUGGUGAGUACCAAGAAGCAUGAAGCACUUUUCCAGCUUGUAGAAAGCACAAAGCAAUCUGUGACUGAGAAGGAGAAGCGGAAGCUCCUCAAUAAACUGAAAAAAUCGGCUGAGAAGUUGGAAAAAGAAGAAGAACACUACUACCAAAAAAACAUGGCGGGCUGUUCUACCAGACUAAAAUGGGAAAACACACUAGAAAACUGCUACCAAGGCAUCCUGGAGCUGGAGAAGGAAAGAAUUCAACUUUUAUGCAAUAACUUAAACCAGUACAGUCAACAUAUUUCUCUUUUUGGCCAAACCUUGACCACAUGCCACACACAGAUUCACUGUGCGAUCAGUAAGAUUGAUGUCGAAAAAGAUGUCCUGGCUCUCGUGGAAGAAACUGCAACUUUAUCUACAGAAAACAAAUCUGAGUUCCUGUUAACUGAUUACUUUGAAGAAGAUCCUAACAAUGCUAUGGAUAAAGAGAGACGAAAGUCUUUAAUAAAACCAAAAUUGUUGAGAUUGAAAAGAGACAUUGAAAAAGCCUCAAGAGACAAGGAAGGCUUGGAACGAGUGCUUAAUACAUACUCCAGCAACUCCUCCUUCUCCGAUGCAAAGAGCCAGAAAGACACAGCAGUGUUAAUGGAUGAGAACAAUUUGAAACUGGACCUACUGGAAGCGAACUCCUAUAAACUGUCAUCAGUGUUAGCAGAACUUGAGCAAAGACCUAAACCCAGCCACCCCUGUAGUACCUCCAUCUUCAAGUGGAAGGAAAAGGAACAUACUCAUAGUUAUGUAAAAGUAUCUCGGCCUUUUCUGAUGAAGAGAUUGGAGAAUGUUGUGAGCAGAGCAUCUUCUGGUGGGCAGAGUGAUCCAGGUUCUUCAUCUUCAGCUUCUGGUGUGGCCCAGCUCAGCAAGAGUCUUUGCAAAGUCUUAUAUUCUUUUAAAGCCAGGCAAGAUGACGAGUUGAAUUUGGAAAAAGGUGACAUUGUGGUUAUACAUGAGAAAAAAGAAGAAGGAUGGUGGUUUGGAUCUUUAAAUGGGAAAAAAGGCCAUUUUCCUGCGGCUUAUGUGGAAGAGCUACCUUCAAAUGCUGGAAAUACAGCUACACAGGCAUAAAACAAGACUGAACAUACUGCCUUACACACUCUGUAAACUGACUAUACAGUGUGGUACCAAUAAAGAGAAAAUGUUAUUAUCCUGA